AAAUCAGUCACGAGAAAUACAUCCCGACAGGCAACGCAGCCGUACGGAGUCGGAGAUCCUAAGAGUGGAUGGUCCGCCGACGUUUCGAAUCUCCGACGCUGUCUUCUCCCCAAAAUCCAAAAACCCCUCAGCUAAAUCAUCGAUACGCGUCAUGUUCUUCUCCAUCCAAUCUCCGCCGAUGGAUCGCCGCAAUUCAAUUCCGAUAUUUAUCCUACUCGUAGCACUGAUCGCCGGUUUUCUCACCCGAAACGCCGACUUUUCGGAUCUUACCGACUUCCAGAUUGUCGGUCCGCCUCGGAGCUAUGACGGCGCCGUUUUGAACUCGGUCAGCAGCAGCCAGUUGGAGCUUCCGGUCUUUUACCAGACUAGAGACGGCGACGUUUUGAACUGGGAGAACGGGGAGAGCAGGGCAUUGCAGCCGUUGGGGUCGCAGCAGAAGGAGCUCGAAGUCGUCUCUCGCUCUCCAAGCAGAAGACUUCACUCCCAUACGGAGGAUGAACCUAGAACUGCAUUAGUUGCUCUACUGGAUGGAACAAUACAAUUAGUGGAUAGAAAUUCGAUGGGAGUUAGAUGGGCGUUUGAUUCGGGGCCGCCAAUUUACAGUUCCUAUCAGGCUCAAAGCGGCAGUGGGUACUUCAUAUAUUGUGGUGAUGACUGGGACUUGUAUGAGCACAGCGAUCAUUUUGGUCGACGGAAAAUUCCAUCAACUAUUGCUGAGUAUGUGGAUAAAAAAACGCCUAAAGUGGAGGAGGAUGGAUCAGUUACACUUGGACAUAAGAAGGUCACCUUCUUUGAGGUUGGUCUUUUUACCGGAAAGGUAUACCGCUCAUACACUCUAUCCGAAGAUCAUGUUAGAGAUCGAAAGAAGUUUGUCAAGCCCAGUUUGAUAAACGGAAAUGCUGGUGAGCCGCGAAUAGUAUUCUUCAGAAUAGAUUAUUACUUGGUGUCUUACCAUCCGUAUUCAGAGGAAGUAUCUUGGAAUAUGACAAUUGCUGAAAUCAGGGCUGCUAUCCCAUGCAAAGAUAUUGAGAAUCUGAUUCGUGGUUCUAAAACUGGCAGUCAGAUUGCAUUACCAUUUGACUGUCAGUCAAAAGCACUUGUUAAGCGCGAGCGAGAUCAUGGAUCAUUAGAGCAUCAACAGGCAGACACUGUGGUCAAAAAGUCUGCUUCAGAUCUGGUUGUUCCUUUGAACAAAAGAGAUCUGGUUGUUCCUUCAGAGCCUGAGGUUCACAAUAUGUUUCUUCAUUGGUCAAAAGCAUUUGCUCUCGCGUUUUUGUUUGUAAUCCUCAUGGGCCUUGUUGUUUACCACUUUGUUUUUCUGGUUAAUGGUCAAAAGCCUGAUCCGAAAGCUUCACCUUCCAAGAGGAAGAAGAAUCGGAAAUUGGGAAAAAAUGGAAUUGUUGAAAGAAAAGAGGAAAGUGUAUUAUCUCAAGAUGAGGAAGCUUUAACACAGACCGAAGGUGAUAACAAGAUGUUGCCAUUUCUUAACAAACUCUUUGAUGGUGGUACUAAUGGUCGCAGGAUUGGUAAACUAGUGAUUUCAAGUACAGAAAUUUCUAAAGGAAGUAAUGGUACCAUUGUCCUAGAGGGAGUUUAUGAAGGUCGACCUGUUGCUGUAAAACGCCUUGUAUUAGCCCAUCAUGACAUGGCUUUUAAAGAGAUUCAGAAUCUUAUUGCAUCUGACCGACACCCAAACAUAGUAAGAUGGUAUGGAGUGGACUAUGAUAAAGAUUUUGUCUAUAUCUCUCUGGAGCGAUGUAUUUGCAACUUGGAUGAUUUGAUACAAAUUUGCCCAAAUUCCUCUCAAAAUCCAGUAGCUGGAGAAGAAGAUGCAAAACGAGUUCUGAUUGAAAACGAAGUUCGCUUGAAGUCAUUGAAGAAUAUUAUGUCAGAUGUUACUUUGUGGAAAGUAGAUGGCUUUCCGUCACUUCUACUAUUGAAAUUAACGAGGGAUGUGGUUUCUGGUCUUGUGCAUUUGCAUGAAAUGGGGAUCAUUCAUCGUGACUUAAAGCCUCAAAAUGUUUUGUUGAUUAAGGAAAGAACCUUAUGUGCAAAGCUUUCCGACAUGGGUAUUAGCAAGCGCCUUAUCGGGGACAUGUCUUCUUUGGGUCAUCUUGCCACUGGUUGUGGCAGUUCGGGUUGGCAAGCCCCUGAACAGCUUCUCCACGGGCGGCAAACACGAGCAGUGGAUAUGUUUAGUUUAGGUUGUCUCCUAUUUUAUUGCAUCACAGGUGGUAGACAUCCAUUCGGUGAUCAGCUUGAACGUGACAUAAAUAUUGUAAAGAACCAAAUGGAUCUCUUCUUGGUAGAGCAUAUUCCUGAAGCUGUAGAUCUUAUAUCUCGUUUAUUAAACCCUGACCCAGAGAGAAGGCCAAAGGCAUCGGAAGUGCUGCUCCAUCCUCUUUUUUGGAACUCCGAGACAAGACUCUCGUUUCUUCGCGACUCCAGUGACAGGGUAGAAUUGGAAGAUAGAGAGGCUAACUCUGGUGUUUUGAGAGCUCUAGAAAGUAUUGCACCCAUAGCUUUGGGUGGGAAGUGGGAUGAAAAGAUGGAGCCUGCAUUUCUCACUAACAUCGGCCAUUACAGGCGUUACAAAUUUGACAGCGUUCGAGACCUAUUGCGAGUCAUUCGAAACAAAUCGAAUCACUACAGAGAGCUUCCAAACCAAAUUCAGGAACUCGUCGGACCAGUUCCAGAAGGAUUCGAUUUCUACUUUGCGAGUCGGUUCCCGAGACUUCUGAUUGAAGUAUACAAAGUUGUGUGCCAAAACUGUAGAGAGGAAGAAUGCUUUGGCAAGUAUUUCAAAAGCAAUGCAGAUUAACGCUUUUGAUAAUGUAUUAGUGUUCCAUAUUUACUAUUUGUCUACGUGUAAAUGCAGCUGUAAAUAGUAAUAAUAUUACAUAUAUAAUUAUGUAUAUCAUUCUCCUUAAAUAAUUUAAGGAUAGCUUCCGACUGAAUGAAUAAAGUUUAGAAACACGUCUCA